UACACUGACACGCCUGAUCUUGCGACACUGCCAAGGGGUCGUUCCCAAAUCACACAGGCCCGUGUUCUGGGCUGCACGUACACGACUUGCUUCACUGCAACAAUUAGUUGCGUAUAUAAACACUGUCGGUGGUCACUGUGCAGCAAACAUACGGAUUGAAAAGGACCAUUUCUUCCAAGUUUCAACAUGGGAGGCAUAUUCUCAAAACAUCGUGCAAAACGAGAGGUCAUCCAUCCCGACAUGGCUACCGGGGAACCCAUAUCAGCGCAUGAAACUCAUCGUCACAGUCACGAAGGUGGAGGCCACAUAUUCCUUCCCCCUGCCGGCUUUGGUGGGGAUCCGGUGGACUUCAAUGCGGACUUGAAUGAUAUAGAUGGCCGUUACGUCUUUCAGAACGUCACAGAAAACGGCCUGGCCUACGCUGCGGGAUUUAGGAACGGGGACGUACUGUUUGGAAUAAACGGUACGACCAUCGAGGGCAGAGGCAUUGAGUACGUUCUUGAUCUUCUCCGCACGAAUCAUGGGUAUCAAGUGCCACAACUGCUGCUGGCUGUUCAGCGCAACUCAGAGAUUGCUGGAGAAUUUCCAGAGUUUAUUUGGGUCAUCUUCAAGGUGGUUUUUCAACUUGGUGGCCCAACAGUCGAGGUGAUUCAGACGCUUGUGAAUGACACUGCGAAGAUGCCAUUCAUCGAUGUCGGUCCGUCGUUCUCGUGGCUGGGACCACCCGUCGAUAAAGUAGAUAUUUAUAUUGGUGGGGAUCCUCCACUAUAUCUCAGUGUUGCAGAUGACAAGAUGGUGUUUGCAAAAUACGGCCCAAGCAGUGCGUUCUAUAUGUACAAGUACGUGGGUGGUAAAGCGGCAGAGGGCAACGUUGUGGCGUAUUCUUUACAAUCCCUCAAGCCUCCAGAUCUGCAACCAAAACGUAACACUCCAGCACGGUCGGCCGAAAACACCGUAGAAGUUCUGGAUUUUCCGUCGUGGAUGAUUGAUAGCAAAGAUAUUAAAGAGGCUUCCCGUCUGUGGUACGAAAAGAUUUACGAGACUGGAUUUUCUCUUGAAAGCGCACAGGCGGAAGGAAUGUACCUUGGCAUGAGUGAGACUGGUGGAGCCAUGUUAUCAAAGGAAAAAACUGAACUGAAGGUCAACAUCAGCUCCAUAAAGGCACCGAAGUUGGAACAGUCUGGCGUUUGAGGCAAUGCUGCCUAGAAGAUACCACUUUGCUGGCCAUAUUUCAUUUGACCUUCAAGGGGGCUCGUUUGUAUCUAUACAUCUAGUGCCUUUUGUUUAGUACAAUUGAUAGCUGUGGGCGCCCACGAACAGUCAUUAUGGGCCCGACACUGCUUUUUAUACGGUCUUCGUAUUUUAACUUGCAUUUGAAAUAAAAUGUUAAAAAAUAAAUAUUGUUAUUUCAUAUAUAGGCCUAGUUACAGCCGGUUCAAGUAACAAACAUAUACAUCUGCCUACCACAGAGACAGUGGAGAUAUUUUAGCACGGUUUCAAAAUCAAGGAUCAUUGAUUACCUUUCAAAUCAAGAUGCCCGUUUGUCAAAUUUUAACAUUUCUCCAGGCUACUUCAGAAUAAUUUCUCACACUUUAAAAAAUAUUUUCCCAUAUUUUUCGUAUUCGUAAUCUCUUCGGUUUUUUUGGAAUAAAUUAAAUCGUUUCUGUAAAGAUACUUAGUAAGAAACCCCCUUUGAAGAAAAUGUACCCGACAGAAAAGAAAGAUGUAAGUAUGAAACAGGUGUUCCAAGAUACGUAGCCAGAUAGGUGUCUUAACAUACGGCAGUAACAGAUCUGUAUACACGCUGUAUGCCGCUACAUAAAAUGAAGGGGAUCGUAUAAUGACACAGACGCUUUGGUAGCUUUUUGCAAGGUAACUCUUUAAAUCGUUCAAAAUAGCAAUAACAUACCUGCAGCAGCGUAUUACUAGCUCAAGCACAGUACAGUAGGGGAAAUGUUUGGGAUUUCCACUUUUCCUGUGUCUCUGUGGUAAAUAUCAGUCUUAUAUGGGUUUUUAUCAGCCAUAUUUGGAAAAUGUGACAUAAGAAUCAAUAGCUUUCGUGCAAAAUAGAAUGAACGUUCAAAAUCCGUGUUUCUAUUUAACAAACGAUAAUUCUAUUUCAAUGGGGGUGCACCCGAAUGUGCAGCGAAUUUAGCAUAUUGACAUUUAGUUGUAAUUUGAAAUCGAAGGCACGUCUGCAAUUCCGUUUUACUUUUCAUCAGUCUAUUUCACUAAAUAAACAGCCAAUUUCUGUGCAGUGUUGCCUAGCGAAGCAUUCAAAUCAUGUACGUGAAUACAAAAGUAACAUGUGAAAAUGUUUGAGAAGUUAAAGUUGGAAUAUUCAUGAUUACUGAACUAAAUCAAGUGGUACAUUCUUUUGAAAGAUACCAACUGCCGUAAUGAAGCCCUUGAUAAAAACUUAACUUUUUUCUCAGUAUUUCCCACAAUCGAAUCAUAUAGCCUAUGAGAUACAUAGCCUGAUACUAUCCAUAUCUCUCCCGAUGUCUUAAAAGUAGACAGGCCACUGGCAGAUAGACAGUCAAACUAAUGUAAUGCAAAAAGACAACAGAAGAUGCGAAGAAGACAGAGCCAUCUGUUACAAAUCCCUAGACCCUGUGUUGCAUGACAUGUAAUGUUUCCUUUUAUUGUCCUAAUAAUGUUCCUACAAUACUAUAUUGAAUGAUUUUAUUUUGGUCGGAUUUAUAUCAUUUGAAUACAUCAUUUGCUCACACUUCACAUUGAAUUUUGCCUAUAUGUACGAGUAACACAUCAGUGCUUAGUUAGGCCCACAAUAAACUGCAUGAUGACUGCAAAAUCA